CUCUGCGUCUGUGACAUCCAGCAUAGCAUCACCUCGUUCAAGGGAAGAGUCCAGCAUAGUACCAUGGACCAAUCAACAGCAGACACAUAUCGCCUCGUCUAUGCCUUUCUGCAGCAACAUGCCAAGCCAGCUGCAAAGGCCCUGGAAAAGUCAGGUCCAGCUGACAUUCUGUCCUCCGUAGGGAAGUCCUCAGAUGUAUCAAAGGCACUGACCGGCGUCGUCUCUGCAGCUCGUGCCUCGGGGUCUUUCAAGGAGCACGCCUCAGCCCUGCCUCUCGUUAAGAAGGAAGAGAAGAAGACCAAGGAAGAAGCAAAGAAAGGAAAAGCAGCCGCGGUGGCAGCUGAGAGCAGCUCUGAUUCCGACUCUAGUUCAAGCUCCAGCUCCAGCUCCGACUCGGACUCUGACUCUGACUCUGACUCGGACUCGGAUGACGACGAGGAGGAAGAGAAGAAGGUAGCAGCGUCUGUGAUUCCUCCCUUGAAGGAGGCGUCGCAAGCUUCUUCAGCGUCCUCUGCGGGCUCUACCUCUGCUACAACCAGCACAAUCAAGAGCUCCUCGCCCGAAGCGCCCGUGGUGACUGCCAAUGCGAAUUCGCUAGGCAAGAGGAAAGAUCGGGAGGAGAACGAUAGUGACAGUGACGAAGAUAGCAGUGACUCUGAUUCAGACUCGGAUGACAGUGAUUCUUCGUCCUCGUCUUCCUCAUCCUCUUCCUCUUCUAGCAGCUCUUCGUCCUCGUCUAGCUCUUCUUCCUCCAGCGAGUCCAGCUCUUCUUCAUCGUCCUCAUCGUCCGAUGAUGAUUCCGACUCCGACGACGACUCUUCUUCCUCGUCCGAGAGCAGUAGCAGUAGCAGCAGCAGCUCUUCCUCCUCUAGCUCAAGCUCCAGCUCCGGCUCCAGCUCAGAUUCGGACUCGGACUCGGACUCGGACUCGGACUCGGAUUCCUCCUCUUCCUCCUCUUCCUCCUCCAGCUCAGACUCGGAAGACAGCGAUAGCGACAGCGACGAUGAUGGUGACAAGAAGAUGGCUGAGGCACCUGUGAUUGCCUCGACUCCGCUCGCCAAGCAGCUCCCCACGGUCAAUGGCAUACUUAGGUCUCCCAGCCCUGCGCCAAGCUCUCUGCCUGUGAAUGAGCGACCGAAGAAGCAACCGCGUACCGUCGGCGUCCCCUUCCAGCGGGUCAAGUCGGACAAUGUCUCUUCUCUGGACGUGUCGUUGCAGGACAUGUCGUACAUGGGCAAGCCUGGCGCGGGGGACUGGGGCGCUCGCGCUCAUGCAGACCUGAUCGUUACCCGGGGCAAGGGCUUCACAAAGGAGAAGAACAAGAAGAAGAAGGGCAGCUAUAGUGGUGGAAUGAUCGACCAGAGCAGCCACUCGUACAAAUUUCCUGAGUAAGCUUGACCGUCUAGGCAUUGCUCUGCAUCAGGACGUUGGGUAUGGUUGACCUGAAUGUGCUAUUUCAUGCUGUUGUCGCUGCCAUCCACAAUUAUAGAUUUGCAAUUGUGCGGAAUCACAUGUGCCUGUGUGUUUGCGUCCUUUGCCUGGACG